AUAUCUAGUGAUUUAAGAGCAAAAAUUAACGAUUUUGGCCUAGCUCGUAUUCGGCCCAAAGCAAAUGCGAGCGUGCAUACACAAUGUGGUACUCCAAAUUGGCAAGAACAUCAGUUAUAUGAAGCAGGUAUACACCACGACAUUAAAAAUAUUUUAUUAUUUUUGCAAAAACUAUCUAAUGAUAAAUUCUAUCGUUAUAAUUUACCAGUAAGAGAUAGAGGAAUUCGCCCAGGCUUGGAAACUUUAAGACUAUGUCCACUUAAGUUAUUAAGUUUGGUUCAGGAUAUGUGGAGAUCUAAUCCAAAAGAU